AUGGAUGCCAACCUGCCGGGCACCUUUCUGCUCAACGGCCCCUCGCUGGGCCCCUUCCCCGAGGCCAAGGCGCCCGUUUGCCAGUAUUCAGUGCAGAGCUCCUUCUACAAGCUGGGACCCCCCGGGCUGGGCGCCCAGCUGGCUGCCGGCACCCCCCACGGCAUCUCCGACAUCCUCGGCCGGCCCGCGGCGGCGCCGAACGGCAGCAUCCUCCCCGGUUACCCGCACGCGGGCGGAUUUAACGGACUGAGCUCGCCGGGCGUCUAUUACGGGCCCCAGGUGGGCGCCCUCCCCAAGGCUGGGGGCGAGUACCUGCCGCGGGGCCGGAGCUGCUGGGCGGAGGCGGCCCCGGAGUGGCGGGGCGGCCGGCAGUGCGGCGGCCCCCCUGCUCACCUGGCUGACAGCAUCCACAAGAAGAAGCACACGCGCCCAACCUUCACAGGACACCAGAUCUUUGCUCUGGAGAAGAUGUUUGAGCAGACCAAGUACCUGGCAGGUCCGGAGAGAGCACGGCUGGCCUAUUCCCUGGGCAUGACCGAGUCUCAGGUGAAGGUCUGGUUCCAGAACCGACGGACCAAAUGGAGGAAGAAGAGUGCCCUGGAGCCCUCCUCAUCCUCGCAGCGGGCGGGGGGCUCUGGCGGAGAGCGGGCGGCCUCCGAGACCGAGGACGAUGAGUACAACAAACCCCUGGACCCAGACUCGGAUGACGAGAAGAUCCGGCUGCUGCUGAGGAAGCACCGUGCAGCCUUCUCAAUGCUGGGCUUGGGCACUCACAGCGGCUGA